AUGACGAAGGAAAUUGUGGUGACGGAGGAACCAUCUGUCGCCCUCGACAGCAAAGCUCACAGUGCUUCCCGUGAAUUGGACGGCAAGGAUUCUCUGGGUCUUGAAGAUAAGGAUGACACAGUCUAUGUCAAGGGCCAUCCCGUCAUUAAAACUGGUCUUGACGUGUCCAACUUCUUGAUCUCAACCAGGGAUGAUGAAGAUCCGGCUUUGACAUUCCGCUCUGUCGCCCUUGGAAGCCUCUUCACGGCUCUUUCUAGUGUGAUCACUAUGCUUUAUGUCUUUAAACCUGUUCAGAUGCAGGUUUCUGCGGUCUUCUUGCAACUGUUGAUCUAUCUCUUCGGCGAGGCCUGGGCAUACCUCACACCUCGUCCAGAUCAUUUCAAGUGGAAGUGGCUGCGAGUUACACUUCGUUUUCUGAACUUUGGACAGCCUUUCAAAAUCAAAGAACACGUUGUUGCGUCUCUCAUCGCGUCAUCUGGAAAUAAUGGCUUGUCCGGUGUGGAGGUUUAUGCCGUCGAACGACUUUUCUAUGAUCGCAGUGUCUCGGCAUCUACUGCAGUUCUUGCAACCUUUUCCAUUGGACUCUGUGGUUUCGUGGUAGCAGGUCUGCUGCGACCCCUCAUCGUUUAUCCAGCCGAAAUGGUAUAUUGGACAACUUUACCCCAAGUCGUCCUGUUCCAGAAUCUGCAUUUCGAUCGCCAAGCCAACCGAAAGCGUCUCACCAAGUUCUGCUGGGCUCUUGGAAUUGCUGCAAUUUGGGAGAUCUUUCCUGCCUAUAUCAUCACAUGGCUCGGUGGCUUUUCUGUCUUCUGUCUUGCUUCUAUGCAUGCUCCAACCAAGACUCGUUCCAUCUUCACCAAAGUAUUUGGAGGGGCAUCAUCCAAUGAGGGAGUUGGCUUGUUGAACUUCGGUUUGGAUUGGCAAUACAUCCAAAGCACUUACCUGUCACUGCCACUCAAACAACAACUCAAUAGCUGGAUUGGAUACCUGAUAUUCUAUCCUGCAAUGCUUGGCUUGUAUUUCAGUAACGUCUGGAGCGCCAAAACGUUCCCAUUCAUGUCAACAUCGCUUUUUGCUUCCAAUGGAACAUCAUUCUCAACGACCUCGAUCUUGAACGAACACAACACCGUCGAUGAGGCAAAGCUUCAGCAGAUAGGUCUUCCGAAUCUGACAGCUACCACGGUCUGGGGCUACUUUACCCAAAAUCUAGCGAUUGGAGCGUUGAUCACUCAUGUCAUCAUCUUCUAUGGCAAGGACAUGGUACUCGCAUGGAAAACGGCCCGAAGCCGAACUCAGCCUGAUCCCCACUAUCAAGGAAUGCUAAAGUACAAAGAGGUUCCGACAUGGUGGUAUAUCACCCUGUUUAUACUGGCAUUUGUUGCGGGUAUCAUUGUGAACGCAAAAGGCGAAACUACUCUCCCAGUUUGGGGCUACCUCAUUUCACUUCUACUGGGUGGCUUUAUCGCUCCGUUCUCUUGCAUUUUAUAUGGACUUUACGGCUCGGGAGUCGCUACCAACCAAAUUUCCAAGAUGGUCGCAGGCGCCGUCCAACCGGGACGACCGCUCGCCAACCUCUACUUUGCCAGUUGGUCUCAUCAGGUGAUUCUCCUCGCUGUCAAUCUUGCAAACUGGCUGAAAGUCGGACAAUACACAAAGGUGCCUCAUCGCAUUAUGUUUGGCACUCAGAUAUAUGCGACACUCCUCGGGGCAGGUCUCAACUACGCCGUCAUGACUACCAUCGUGAGCAGUAAACGAGAAAUCCUCCUCAACCCCGAAGGAAACAACAUAUGGAGUGGUUCGACACUACAAAGCAUGAACUCCCAGGCCAUCACGUGGGCAUUGGCCAAGGAUAUGUACGGUUCCAAGGGGCGCUACCUUCUUGUUCCCCUCGGUAUUUUCAUCGGACUCGCCUUACCGGUCAUUCACUGGGGCUUGAUCCGAUUGUUUCCACGCUUGAAAAAGUGGCCCAUCAAUACGGCCCUUAUUGUUUCAUACGCUGGGCAAUAUUACUAUGGAAAUACGUCCUGGAUCUGGUCAUCGAUCGCAGUCGGAUUAUUCUCGCAGUUCUGGCUUCGCCGCAGGAUGCCUAGCAUUUACAACAAGUACAACUAUCUCAUCGGAGCUGCACUAGAUGGGGGUUCUCAGAUUGUGAUAUUCAUUCUUUCCUUUGCUGUUUACGGUGCUAGUGGCACUGCGCAUCCCUUCCCUACUUGGUGGGGAAAUCCUUCUGGUAAUCCAGAUCACUGCAUGUAG